UCAUCUUUGGCGAGUUGGCGUAUCGAAUGACAAACUGUUGCAAGCAAACUGUUUGCCACUCUUUGAUUCUGUUAUUAGAACCAACAUUAGUUGCGCACUUUCCGUCGUCGCGUUUGGAUCGACAUAACUGCUGUGAAUGUUUUUCUUCCGCCGUUCGGAUGUCAAGCGUGUACCACGUCCGUCGCGAGCACCAUCCUUUGCCCUGCCCAAGCGGCGUACGCCCGUGCUAUUGUCGCCGUCAAAUCAACAUGAUCAGUUGCCAUUUUUAAGACGCUCGCGUUUCAGCGCCUUGCCACACUUUCGUGCCCACGAGGAUGAGCCGGAGAGCCUUUCCCUGUUCAUUGCCAUUCUCUAUGUGGUAGACUUGUUUGGCAUCUUUCCGUUUUUGACGUUGCCCGCGCUGCUGAUUCGGCUUGGUUACUUUGGGGUGCUGCUCGUUCUGUCCAUCAUCUUCCUGCAAAUCUACACAUCGUUUCUGCUAUCCCAAUGCUGGACCAUGGCUGAGUACCUGGAUCCCUCGAUACUGCAGAAACGCAACUAUCCAUAUGCUGCUCUCGCCGAGCUGGCGUAUGGACCCUAUGUCAGCCUCUUGGUAUCCGUUCUACUGGACCUGAGCAUCUUUGCCCUGGCCGUGCCCACCAUUGUCAUGGCUGCCGAGAAUCUAGAAGCUGUCGUCCUGCGCAUGAGCGCUGGCGUUUAUAAUUUCUCCUACUGCUAUUGGGCCAUUAUUGUGGGCCUUGUCAUCUGUCCACUCAUGUGGCUGGGCAGCCCCAAACACAUGCGAGGCCUGGCCAUUAUAGCCGUUUGCGUUAUGAUAAUAAUUGUUGGACUGCUUUGGUAUUGCCUGCUUGAUGCACCGGCCAUUGGAACGCCCUUCCAAGGAGUCUCGAUGGAACUUCCUGGUUUUCUGACUAUCCUGAGCAGCUAUAGCAUUUUGGCUUUCCAGUUUGAUAUACAUCCCGUGCUGCUGACCCUGCAAAUAGACAUGAAGCGCAAGUCGCAAGUGUCCUGGGCGGCGCUCAGUGGCAUUGCCAUCACUUGCAGCGUGGCCAUCGUGGGCGCCAUCAUCGCGGCCUACAAGUUCGGCACCAUGAUUACGAGCAAUCUGUUGCACUCGCUGCCCACCAGCGUGCCCUUCUAUGUGAUGCUCAUAUUGAUGUCGCUGCAACUGUGCUUCUCGGUGACUGUGGCCAGCUCCGCGAUGUUUCUGCAAAUCGAGAACUUCUUCAAGCUGCCCGAGUCUCUGUGCUGCAAGCGUAUUCUGAUUCGGUCCUGUGUGCUGGCUCUGGAGGUGCUAGUGGCUGAGUUUGUGCCCAGCUUUGAUGCGCUCAUGGAUGUGGUCGGUGGCACCAUCACUGGUCCCUUGGUCUUCAUACUGCCUCCCCUGCUGUACCGGCGCAUUCGACGCAUGGAACGUGUGCAUCAGCGCAUUGCUGCCGAGGCCAGCUAUGGCAGCCUGCCCUUGGACCUCAACUAUGAUCCCAUUGAGCUGGAAAUGGAGCCGCUGCUCGUGGCAGCCAAGCCGCGUUCCCCACACGUUUGUUGGCUGCGUGUGGCGCGUUACCUGAGUCGAUUGGAGUGCGAUAUAUCCUGCACCAUGGCUGUCCUAAUCUUUGGUGUGCUGGCCACGUUUCUGUCCACCUAUCUAAAUUUGUUUACCCUAACGAAUCUAUUCAAGAACAAUUCGCCCUGUCUAAGCAAUCUAACGGCGCAUUAG